GCUUCCUGCCCGAGCCACAGCGGCCCCGGGCACCGGCGGCCGCAGCUCGGCCGCGAUAUGCGCGACUACGAUGCGGCCACCGCCUUCCUGGGCGAGUGGGGCCGCUUCCAGCGCCUCGUCUUCUUCCUGCUCAGCGCCAGCAUCAUCCCCAACGGCUUCAACGGGCUCUCCAUCGUGUUCCUGGCCGGCACUCCCGAGCACCGGUGCGCCGUGCCCCGCGGGGCCAACCUGAGCAGCGAGUGGCGCAACGCCAGCAUCCCGCUGGAGCUGCGGGGCGGGCGGGAGGCCCCGAGCCGCUGCCGCCGCUACCGCCUGGCCGCGCUCGCCAACUUCUCGGCGCUGGGGCUGCGGCCCGGCUCCGACGUGGAGCUGGAGGCGCUGGAGCAGGAGCCGUGCCUGGACGGCUGGGAGUACAGCCGGGACGUGUACAGCUCCACCAUCGUCACCGAGUGGAAUCUCGUCUGUGACAACGACUGGAAGGGACCCCUGAGCACCUCCCUGUUUUUCGUGGGUGUCCUGCUGGGAUCUUUCAUAUCAGGACAGCUCUCAGACAAGUUUGGCAGGAAGAAUGUGCUGUUUGCAACUCUGGCAAUGCAGACUGGCUUCAGCUUCAUACAGGUCUUCUCUACCAGCUGGGAGAUGUUUUCAGUGUUGUUUGUGCUGGUUGGCAUGGGACAGAUCUCUAACUACGUGGCAGCAUUUGUUCUUGGCACAGAAAUCCUUGGCAAAUCAAUCCGUGUGGUGUUCUGCACCCUGGGGGUGUGCAUAUUCUAUGCCUUUGGCUACAUGUUGCUGCCCCUCUUCGCCUACUUCAUCAGAGCCUGGCGGAUGCUGCUGCUGGCGCUCACCCUGCCCGGGCUGCUCUGCAUCCCGCUCUGGUGGGUCAUUCCAGAGUCUCCCCGGUGGUUGAUCUCCCAGGGAAGGUUUCAGGAGGCAGAAGACAUCCUCCGAAAAGCUGCAAAAACUAAUGGCAUUACAGCCCCAGAUGUCAUACUUGACCCUAGUGAGCUGCAAGAUGUGAAUUCCCAGAAGCAGCAGACAUACACCAUUUUGGAUCUAAUGAGAACCCGAAAUAUUUUAACCAUCACUAUUAUGUCAGUGCUUCUGUGGAUGAUAAUCUCCGUUGGCUAUUUCGGCCUGUCCCUCGACACGCCCAACCUGCACGGGGACGUGUACGUGAACUGCUUCCUGUCGGCCGUGAUCGAGGUGCCCGCCUACGUCAUCUCCUGGGUGCUGCUGCGCAACCUGCCCCGACGGUACUCGAUGGCUGCCGCGUUGUUCUUGGGAGGCUGCGUGCUGCUCUUCAUCCAGCUCGUGCCCUCACAUCUCCGUGCUCUGUCUAUUCUGCUGGUGAUGGUGGGCAAGUUUGGAAUCACAUCAGCCUUUUCAAUGGUCUAUGUUUACACGGCUGAGCUCUACCCAACAGUGGUGAGGAACAUGGGGGUUGGAGCGAGUUCCAUGGCCUCCAGGCUGGGCAGCAUCCUCUCCCCUUACUUCGUUUACCUCGGUGCCUACGAUCGAUUCCUGCCUUACAUCCUGAUGGGGAGCCUGACUGUGCUGUCAGGAAUUCUGACACUAUUUCUGCCUGAAAGCUAUGGGAUGCCCCUUCCUGACACCAUUGACCAAAUGCUGCUGGUGAAAGGGUUAGAAUACAGGCCUCCAUCUAGUAGCACAAGGGAUUCCAAGGAGGAAGAAGAGAAUCCAGAGAUCCUUAAAAGCACAGCAUUUUGAUGGAACUCCUGUGUCCUUCCUGGUGGACUGAAAGUUAAAUGGACUUUCCUUCUAAAACUCAUUCUAGAAAGGGCUAGUGGCAACACUUUGUUUCCUGCAAUUUUAACCUUAUUUAUUAAUUUAAGCACUGUGUUCUGUAAGUUCUCUUUUUAUAUGAACAUAAACACUGCGUAGCCUUCAGUGAGAUGUUUCAGCCACAGCUGUGCUCAUCAGCAGUACCAUGGAGCAGUACCUGAUCAGUCCUGUGUCACUUUAUGUGUAUAGUUCAGCUGAGAGAUACUUGAAAAUGAGUUCAAGGGCUGGCAGGGUGCCUGGGUCCCUCAGUGAACCUUCUCCAGAGCUAAUGCACGUCAAGAAGUAAAAAUUGCCAGAAAAAGCUGCUCAUUGCUUUUGAUUCCUUGACUUCUGUCUCUAUACAGGAAACUUAUUUAUUGUGUGAAGGCUAUGAGAACGUGCCUCUCUCUGAUCUUACCCAAGUGACUUUGUACAUGCUGAAUUUGUUACCAAAUUCAGAAAGAUGCAAAGAAAGAUUCUGAGAGUUAAUUCUAACUUGAUAGGUUUUAACUCAGCAUCGACUGAAAGGAUUGUCUUGCACAAACUAUUUAGCACUGAAGUUUUGCUCACAAAAUUCACUUGAUUCCAAUGCUGGAUUUCAACUGUACCUUCUUGUUUACAUCUGAGCUUGGAUGUGGCCUGUUUCCAGGCUGGAUUUAUUCUAAAUAAUGCAAAAGGUUUCACCUGUGUGUAGAGGGAGUGGUGUUAGUUUUUGUGGUGAAAGUUUUAUGUGUAAAUUGUUUUAACGUUCUCUGUGCAAUUUGGAUGAUGGAAAUGAUUCUCCUGUCUUUGUUCUUGCUUUUCCCACUGGUGCAUGUACACGCACACAAUUAAUAUAUUUAGUCAUAAAUUAUUGUGUUAAUUAGGCCACUGCACUGACCUCAUGGAGGAGUGUACUGAGAACAAAACAGAACAUAUUUCUGACCACUGGUUCUCAAUCCUUAAGUAUCACCUGUGUGAUUGCUGUGAGGUCUGUUGUUGCACUUAACUUGUGUAAUCAGUGAAUUGCUUUAAAAUUGUUUAAAAAAACCCCCAACAAACCCACAAAUCUUGUUGAAAAUCUGCCAAGAGGUUGUGGAAGUGCCCUUGGCAUUACCUGUGUUUCUCUAAAUACACAAUGUACACUUACACAUUUGUGCUGUGCUGGUUCUGGUGUGACAGAUGUGAGUGGUGAAAGGUUUCUGUCUUGUGGCACUUGUAUUUUGUUCUGUCUUGUAGAGACUUAAUAAACAGCCUAAAUCUUUGUAGCCAAAGCUGUCGGGGGCCUUACUCUCCUGCAGCAGAUGGCUGGGGAAGUUGUGCAUUUUCCUGUGGUGUUUAAAUAUGUAGGUGGCAUUGGCUGAUUCCAGUCUUUGGUGAACCAAUAUCCCAAAUCCUGUCUUGGUAACAGGCUGUGGGACUGAUGCGUGCCUUGGACUGCUUGUCACAGGAACAAGAAAGUAGAAGGCGCUGUCCAGACUGUAGUGCUUUGGUUUGGUUAAACUCUCCCUGCCAGUAUCUUGAGCUCGAGGAUUUGCUCCACUUUUCCUGCAUUUUUUCACCUCUUUGUUUAGGAUUUUGGUUUCUGGAUGCAGCAGGAAGCUGGCCGAUGUCACUGGGUCAGAGAAUGAUGUGGGGGAAAAUAAUUUUGUUGUAUGUCAACUUUUCCAAGGAAAGAAAGCUGAAGGUUGGGGCAGGUUCAGUGUCACUCCUGUUUGUGGGUUGACAGGCCCUGGGCAGGAGGUUUAAAAUGCUGUGUGUGAUCUGAGGCUCGUGCCAAAAUUGAGAAUCUGGAUUUUACAAGCCCCGCUGCCCAUCACAGAACAGCCUUGACAUGGGCAAAUACAUGUUAGGAGAGUGCCUGUAACAGCCAGUCCCCCUUCCCAAAAACGUGACCUGUUCUGGCAGGCUUACACUUCUUUUGCAAUAUUCAUUGCAGACACAAAAGAGUAUGUUGUCAAACUUGGUACAGGUAUUUUUCUUUGUAGACCUUGUCUAGGAGCUGUAAGGCUGAGAAGCAGCUUCUUUUGUAUGUGUUGUAGAAUGAUCUGAUAACCACAGGAAUCUGAGGCAAAACACAUUUAGCUGCAACUUCCUUGUAAUGAAUUUGCCAGUGUAAACACCCGUGUCCCAUAAGGCUCUUCCUGUAAACAGUUUCAGAAGAUAUCCUAAACUGUAAGAUAUGUGCCUGCCUGAUACAGGAGUUAGUCUGGAAGUUCCAGUGUCUGUUUAACAUCUGAUUUAGCUGUAAUUUCUUACCCACUGCUUUAUCCAAGUUUGUGCCUUCAAAGAGAGACUUUUUUUCUUGAAUAUUUAAAUAUUCUGAUGUUUACUAAAGAAGUUCUGUGUGGGUUUUUUUGUUGUUAUUGUUAGUUUGGUUUGUUUUUCUAACUCCAGACAAAUUGGGGAAUUUCCCAUUAGUCAUGACUAACCCUACAAAACUCAGUGGCAAUCGCUUUGUGUCAAAAAAAGAGGGGUUUUCCCUUGCUCAUGUUUUUAAAAACAUGAAGUCUGAGUCAGAAAUGUAGAACAUAUUUAAAAUAGCUGACUGGGUUAUUAUGUGUUCACUGUUUCAGCCUUCUCUUUUCAAGUUUAUGUCUAAAACAAGGAUCUUGUUCCAGUGGGCAGGUGGAAUCCAGAUAGCAGGGAUCUCAGAAAGAAAUGGAGGGACUGUUUUAUAUAGGUAGGUGAUCUGAUCCCUGCAAACAAGAUGUAGAUGAAAGGAGCUGAUCCAGUCGUGGGCACAUCUUGGAGUGGUGUCAGUGCUGGCAGCAGGUCAGAUCUGCAGCACAGCCUGGCUGUGGAUGUACCUGCAGGAGUAGGGCACACAAUUUACCUUUGCAAGAGGAGCUGUGAUAAACCUGAGAGCUCCUUGUGUUGUGGAGGAAGAUGCAGCAGACUCUGAGGUUCAGACUAACCCUGGCCUGAGCACUGCUGUGGCUGGGCUGCCUGUGAGCUGUCCCAGCAGCAGAACAGGUUACCCAGUUACCUGCUCAGGCAGAGAACAGUGCCCACUGCAGUACCUUCACCGGGGGAAGCAUGCCCUGAGUUGGGAACGAGGAUCCCCUCCUUUCCAGCUCUCAGGAUGACUUCUGUCAUCCCCUUGGGCACCUCAGAUACUCCUGUGACUUUGGCUUCUUUGCCUGCAAGUGGAAAGGCUGUUAACUCAGAGGGUACCACAGCGUGCCGGGAUGUUUGUGCUCCACAGGCAGUAUUCAUUAGAAUCUCUGACUCUUCUGACAGUGAAUGUAAUGCUCCCACGAGCAUCGUUUAGUAUUUCAGCUUCCAGAAUCGGGCAACUUUGGCUGACUUCUGACACUAUUUCUGUGCAGAUGUGUGAACUCCUCCCCCCUUUCCAAGUGACCGCUGUGGGGAGGAGGAGGGGCUGUUCAGGGAGGGGCUGCAUUGCCCGGGGAGUUGGACUGCAAUACCUAUUUCAGUAUUUGUAGAAUAGAACCUUAGUCCUGGCAGUUGUAAAUUAUUUUCUUGAAGCAUAGAAUCAGCCCAUGCACCAUCAAGCCUUACUGAGAGAUGCUUUUGGGAGAACUCUAAACCAGUAAUGAACACAGCCUUGUACAUAGAAAGGUAUAUAAAUUUCUUCUAAGAAUGUAAAUAUUCCUAGCUGUAACUACAUUAAUUCUUACCCUAGUUUUUUAUAGAGAAAUGCUUGUUAUUUGUAAAAUUCAGAAUAAAAUCAUAUCUGAAAUUA